GACGGCCCUACCGGGAGGCGGCAAGUGCAGCCUUGUGCGGCUAUGGCUCUCCGGCAGCCGGAGCUGCCUCGCCCCGUGCUCCGCUGGCUGCUGAGCCUCGGCCUCUCCGUCAGCCCCCGGAACUACCGCAGGGACUUCUCCAACGGGUACCUGGUGGCGGAGAUCCUGUCUCGCCGCUUCCCCGCCCACAUCCAGCCCGACGCCUACAGGAACGGCUGCUCGCUGGCCGCCAAGCUGAGCAAUUGGUCCCAGCUGCGGCGGUUUUUAGCAAAGCAAGAGUUCGACAUCGCUCAGGAGCUGAUAGAGGGAACGAUUCACUGUAAGCCCGGAGCAGCAGAGAGCCUUCUGCGACAGCUCUGCGCCGCGCUGACCGGCAGCCGAACUGAAAGUCUUCAAGACUGGCAGGUUGACUUUACAGACUCCUGUUACCAGACACAGUUACCAGUGGCUGCCAGAGCAACAACUUCCACAGCCAUCAAGAGUAACAUCAGGUUGACAGAGGUGCUGGUGGAACCCAGUAUCUGCAUCAAUAGACAGAAGGCCAUUGCCAUCAUUAACAUGCACAUGGGGAUGAGGAUGCGAGAGAGGGAAGAGAAUCCACGACGGUUUAACAUUAAACCAUGUUUUGGACAGCGUGUGGUUCACCAUUUGAAUUGUAUCACAGCCUGUAUGAAUACAGAUAGUAUCCCAAAGGAGCAUCUGUUACCUCAUAUUCAUCAGAAACCAGAGAAAAAAUAUGUUCAUUCUAAAGAACUUCAGGGAAAACAGCUGACAGCUCCUCUCCCAUGAUAUUUGGAACCUUCUGAAUACUGCUGAAAGAAUGAACCAGAGAGAUAUAGAACUUCUAAAUACAAACCCUCUCUCAAUCACAAUUGUGUUGACUGCAUAAUCAAUAAAGAGAAAUCUAAGUUUACCACUAA